AUGGUACCUAAACACACUUUAAAUGCCAUUGAUAAGUCACUUCAAGUUGUUUGCAAUAACUGGUUUCCUUUCGGUGUUAAAGUUAUUCUUAUGGGUGGAGACUUUACGCAAAUACUUCCGGUUCUAAUGAGAGGGCAACUAGUAGAUAUUGUUGAAGCCUGUAUAAAAUGUUUUCAACAUUGGCAAUAUGUUCAGCGAUUUUCAUUAACAGAAAAUAUGAGGGUUCGAGCUGAAGAUGAAGAAUUCUCUCAAUGGCCUUUAAAACUUGGUAGUGGAACAUUACCUUUAAAAGCAGAUGGUUCCUUUUGCGGUUGCAUUGAAAUUCCUGAGCAGUGCUUGCUUGGAGCAAAUGAAUCUAUAGCAGACAAGAUUUUUGAAGUUGCAGAAGAAGAUGAUUAUGCAAAACGUGCCAUUUUGACACUUACUAAUGUAGAUUCAUUAGCAAUAAAUAAAGAAGUUUUGGACCGUUUACCAGGAGAUGUAAAAGUUUAUUACAGUGCAGAUACUUUUGAAACAGAUGAUCUUAACAAAAUCAACAAUUUUACUGUUGAGUUUUUAAACAGUCUUACUCCAUCGGGAAUGCCUGUUCAUUGCCUAAAAUUAAAAAUUGGUGCUGUUAUAAUGUUACUUCGAAAUUUAGAUCUUAAAGCUGGACUUUGCAAUGGUACCCGAUUGAUGGUGCGUGCUCUACAAAAUAAUCACGUUGAUAGGCAAGUUCUAACAGGUGUUUCAGUUGACAAGAGGGUGUUUGUUUCUCGAGUUUAG